GUAUUUCUUAAAAAAAGUUGUAUUGUAGUUAUAAAUCGUGAUGGAUUAUUCAUCUUUACUAUCUAGUGAUGAUGAACUUGAUAUGAUCGAAAAUGUGUCUAUUGAAGAUGAAAGCCUUCAUCUACGAUACUAUUCAUCUGGUGAAGAUGAAAACAGCAGCAAAAGACAAAGAGUGGAAACAACAACCAGUGAUAAUAUGACAGGAGCAUGUGGCGGACCAGAGGAUAUGCCCGAUGAGUCCAUGUCAUCGGUAAAUGACAGUGUUUUGGAAUGCAGUAGAGUAUCAGUCAGUCGUUCUAGUACUCCGUCCGUUCGAAUGAAUUCUCGUACCUCAACCAAUUUGGCAAGUACACCAUGUUCCAGCAGGACAAUCAUUCCGACUUUCCUAAGAACACCUUUAUCUGGAGAAGUUCGUUCUAGCAGGUCACCUACACCUGUCACAGACAUAUCAAGAAAAGAUCAGACUACAGGAUCAGAAAACAAGAUUGACACUUUAACAAAUGAAGUCAUCCAAAUGAAAAGACAACUGGUAAAAGUGCAAGAAAACCAAAGUAAUGUUGAAAAGAAAGUGGAUAUUUUGAUUCAAUUGCUACACUCAAAAACAAAUGAACCAAAAAAAGGAAGCCAAAAGAUUAACGUUCCUGCACAAAUUGCAGUAAGUAAUUAUUCAUUGUGCAUGUAG